AUGAACUCAUUCCCGCCCACUGGUGAUGCAUAUGUCUCCAAGACAUUCAUCUUCAAAACGACCAAAGACGGCGAUAUCCAUGUUGACGUUGCGUACCCAGAGGUCACAGAUGGGACAAGCACGGUUCUAAUCCACUAUCACGGAGGAUUUCUGGUAAGAAUUAAACCGGUCGUUGGAGACCGAUAUUCCUUCUUCCCAUACUGGCUUCUCCAUGCCUGCACCUCUCGGAACUGGAUUUUUGUAACUCCAGACUACCGGCUGCUGCCAGAAACUACAGCCCAUAGCUCACUUCAAGAUGCUGUAGAUACGUAUUCUUGGGUUUUGCAGUCUCUUCCGCAGCUACUCGGUCGUACAAUCAACUCGGUCAUGUUGGCAGGAUCAAGCGCAGGGGCAUAUCUCGCUCUUGCAACAGCUGCGACCGUCGAAAGACAGCCUAGUGCCCUUUUAUUGAUCUAUGGUAUGCUGGAUCCUACAUUUCAUCGAUACACAAACCCCGGAACCAACAUUUUUAAUCGGCCGAUGAUUGAGACAUCUCCCAUUUUGGGGAGUUGGCCAAAAUGGGGAGCAGGUGAUGACAGACAGGUGCUAUCUACGUAUCCUUUGCCAGAAAACCCUACUGGUGACCCUAGGUUCGCCUUGGUCGCGGCUCUUCAUAUUGACGGCUUGUUUCCGGACUACAUGACUGGUACUACAGGGAUGGGGCGCAUGAUUGCCGAGGAAGGGAAUGACGCAAUUCCACAACAUCACCAAAGUCUGUUCCCUCUGGCAUUUGGCAACCUCGAAAAAUUGCCUCGCACAAUGCUUCUUCACGGUAAAAACGAUUCAGCUGUUCCAGUGGAGCUUAGUGUACGAGCUAUGGAUAACUUGAGAGCGGCAGGAGUCGAUGUUUGUGCAGAGUUUCCGGAGGAUGCAGAGCAUGGUUUUGAUGCAAGAGCUGGGGAUGUAAAUAUCGAGACAUCGAGCGGAGAAGAUGUUGCAGCUUUCCAGAGCUUGAGGAAUGCAAUCAACUUCUUGGCUAGAUGA